AUGGCAGCUGAAAAGUCCCCCCGCGCCCUCAUCUCAUACGGCCCGCUCAAGGCCGGAGGAUGGAAGCUGGAGAAUGUCUCGCUACGCCCGCUGCGAGAGAAGGAGCUCCUCGUUGAAAUGGUCGCGUCGGGGAUCUGUCAGACGGAUCUCCAUUUUGCAGGUGCCGAAACCGGCUUUGGCAUGCACUAUCCUCGGGUUAUGGGUCAUGAAGGCGCUGGAUAUGUCCGAGCUGUUGGCCCUGGCACGAAUGUAGCCAGUGUCGGGGACUCGGUCAUUAUGUCGUUCUCGUCGUGCAAGGCCUGUGAGCCCUGUGAGAGGAGUCAUCCUGCGCAUUGUGCUGAGUUCAACGCGAUUAAUUUUGUAGCUGGGCCGGAGGACUAUGUCUUCAAGGAGGCUUCGUCGGAAUCUACCUCGAAACCAGAUAUCUAUGGAAGGUUCUUCGGGCAGUCGAGCUUUGCGAGCUUGUCGAUUGUUCAGGAGGACUCGAUUGUCAAUGUAUCCGGGCUCGUGGAGGAGCAAGAUCUGGCCUUGAUGUCGCCGCUGGGGUGCGGUAUUCAAACAGGCAGUGGUGCAAUCAUCAAUGCAGCUGCUGCAGGUCCUGGUGACCGAGUAGCAGUUAUCGGUCUCGGGGGCGUUGGUUUGAGUGCAGUUAUGGGUGCGAAGAUUGCUGGAUGUAAACAGAUUAUCGGCAUUGACCGACAUGAGUCGAGGCUGGAGCUUGCAAAGGAACUGGGUGCCACGCAUGUGGUCAGAGUUGAUCCAUCGAUGGCCUUGCAGGAUGUCACUGAUGCUGUCGUCGCUAUUACCGGUGGUUUAGGGACGAAUAUCACGCUGGAUACAACUGGUGUGCCACCUUUGAUCGCCGAAGGUGUCAAGAUGACGGGAUUCAAAGGGAAGAUUCUACAGGUUGGGACAGCGCCUGAGACGGCUGCUCUGGAAAUACCUAUCCACGAGUUUAUGGUCUCAGGAAAACAGUUCAUGGGCGUCGUGGAGGGUGAUGUUGUGCCCCAGGAGUAUAUACCCAAGUUGAUAUCCUGGGUGAAGGAAGGCAGAUUACCCUUGGAAAGGGUUGUGAAGUAUUAUCAGGCCGAGGACUUUGAGACUGCAAUCCGUGAUAUGCAGUCGGGACAGACAGUGAAGCCUAUUAUCUUAUGGUGA